UAUAUAUAUAUAUUUAUUCAACUUCAAAUGUUGCUACUGAAAGCAUCGAAGCUGAAAAUAUUAUAUUUUGUAUUUUAAAAAACACCUCAUUUAUUAGAAUAAAGCCUGAAGAUAACUUGAAGAAUCCAACAAUGAGUAACAGAAGAUAUAGAUGUAUCGACGCAGACUGCCCGAGCCAGAUACAGUUUCGACGUCAAAUGCGCGAUGUUCAUCGCUAUCGCAUGCGCACGAUUUAUGAGAAUGAUAACAGCGAUCAAAGUGAGUCGCACAGCAACAAUAAGAGCUCUGAGGUUCCUUCGAGCUCAAUGGAGAAUAGUGAUGGGAGCUCAUCGCAUAUGAAUUCGGCCGUCGAUGCUAGUGGGAAUGAUUACCCAGCGGAAAGGAAACGUUCGGACGAUGAGGAAAGAACGCCUCGCCGCCGCCGGCAUUAUGAUGAGUAUGAUGAGUCCGAUGGCUACUAUUACGAGGACGAGAUCCCUUGUGCUCACUAUAAUAAUGCUAGCUAUGAUGUCAGGGAAUACUAUGAGUAUGAAGACUGUGACUAUAGCGAUUAUCCUUAUUACUACGAUGAUAAUGUAGAUUCUACUUAUUAUGACGAGCCUAAUCUAUGCUUGGCAUUAGAGAGAGUUGGGGGGCACGAGGACAAUCGAGUCGCAUUGUAUGACGCGUUUGAGCCCAAGCCACCUCUGAUAAUAGAAGAAAUCUUUGGGUGUGACACAACAUUUUCCGAAGAGAAUAUCGCAGAGAAGAAAAAAAAGAAGAAGAUGAUGAAGAGGAAGUGUAGCCAUAAAAAAGGAUGUAACCCUAAAGUAAAAGCGGAAUCGAAGGAUAAUGCAGAAGAAGCUAGCUCUGAGAAAAUAUUGAAUCAGGGAAUGGAAGAUGAGGAUUUUGCUGAAGAAAAUGAGCUAGAAGAAGAAGAUGAAGAAGCAGAGGAUGAAGCAACUGAUGAAACAUCUGAUGAAUCAGAUAAUGAAUCAUCCAAUGACUCAGCUAAUGAAGCUUCUGAUGAAGCAUCUGAUGAUUUAGCUGAUGAAACGUCUGAUUAUUCACCUAAUGAUGCAUCUGAUGAAGCAUCUGAUGACUCAGCUAAUGAAGCAUCUGAUGAAGCAUCUGAUUCAGCUGCUGAAAUAGUUGAUGAAUCACCUUUCGAAAUAUCUGAUGAAUCAGCUGAUGAAACAUCUUAUGAUGCAUCUGAUGACAUAUCUGUUAAAUCAACUGAUGAAAUAUCUGAACUAUCCGAUGUAUUUUCUUAUGAAACUGUCGCUGGAAUCUCUGAUGAAACAUCUAAUGAAACCGCCUAUACUAUGUCUCUAUCAAAUACUACCUAUUUGUUAGAAGACAUACGGGGCAUGCAAAACAUAAAUGAAACGGAAACAGAUAUGGAAGUUGACUUUGGGUAUUUGGAGAAGUUUGUCGAGAAUCGUUGUGAGACAUCUCCUACACUGCAACUGCAAUGGCACCAGGCAGUUCAGGUUCCCGUAUAUGCCCCGACAGCCUCGCUUACUUAUACGACCAGACCCCUAUCCGGCCAGUCUUUCCUCUUCGAUUUGAGAACUCGCCCAUCUGUGGAGGACAUAGUACAUUUCUAUACCCAUCUGAGCUACAGUGGCGAUAUCCAUGCUGAUAGCAUCCUACGCGUCUUGGCGGAGAAACAUUUAAAAUCGAUAAAGGGAAAGCUAUCUCGAUUUUUCAUUUUCAAUAGGGAGUUUCUAUCUCGAUUGGGUUCUAUAUUUUGUUUUGGAUUGCUGAUUUAUUACUAUAUGUUUCGCGCGGAAUGGAAAGCCCAACAAGAGUUGGCGAAUCGAAAGCGAUUUUACUUUUUUUAAGCAUCACAGCUCUUUGAAAUUGUUCAUAGAAUAUGCAAUUCACUUUGUUUCACAGCGCAUAUGUAUUUAAUAAAUUAGAAAUUUUACUGUUAC